AUGAAAUGCAUUGGAUAUACAGCAGAUAUCAACGCCAACGAGAAUUUACGAAAGAUCAUCACACGCUUACCAGACCACAUGAUUGAAAGGUGGAAAGUCUUCUUGGCAGACAUUCGUGAGAAAGGUCAGACACCUACAGUCAGCCAUAUAAGUGAAUACGUGAGAAAGAGAGUAAAGGCAGAGUUUGAUCGUGAUUUCGGCAACCUACAAAGAGAUUCGAGACCCCCAAGAAAUAAUCAUGCGAAGAAGAGCACCGUGUCAUUGAAUGCCCAGUAUUAGCGAAAGCCUCAGUUCCUGAAAGACUAGAACUAGCAAAGAAAGCAAGACUGUGUUUUUCGUGUUUGAAUCGUGGAUACUCCAAGAAUGAUUGUCGGUCGAAGAAGAAAUGUGAAAAGAGCGAUUCAUGUCCUUACUUUCAUCAUCCUCUUUUACAUUCCAGUCCACCACCAGUUGCCUCAAUUCUAGAUAAACCCAGCAUGAUGCCCGUAAUCAGAGCCAGAUUCAGAGCCCCCAACGGUCGAGUUUGUGAAGGGAACGUGUUGAUUGACAGUAGCGCUGGAACGACAGUUAUUCGGAAGCAUUUUGGGAAAGAUCUCGGAUUGAAUGGGAAAAGAUAACGGAUUGAUUUAGCAGUAGUUGGAGGAGAGAAAUUAUAGCAACCACACAGCUGACAUGUGAACUUUUGGAUCUCUGCACUCAAAGGCGAUCAAGAGUUCAAGAUCGAAGCCCACGAGAUUGAGAAAAUUAUUCUCAACGUGCCUCAAAGACAUUGAGUUUAAUCACGUAUCGGGUUCAAUUGAUCUUAUACUUGGAGUCCAUUAUACCCACCUUCACUCGGAAGAAGAGAUACGUCGUGGAGAAGAAUGCCAACCAGUGGCCAAGAAAACCAAACUUGGUUGGUACGUGAUAGGAGUGAAUGAGGAGAAAAGAAGCCCAGAACUUUGUUCGAUUUACUUUGUGCGAAAGAUCGACAUGGAGAGGUUCUAUCAGUUUGAGACCCUGGGAGUGCAAGCAGUCAAUUAUCCGUGUCCUAAGUCAGCCCUCUCUCUCGAUGAGAAACGAGCCAUGGAGCUUAUGGAACGAUCAUGUAAGCUUGAUGACAACCGUUAUGUAAUCGGUCUUCCAUGGAACAGAGACAAGAACUUGCUGCCUGAUAACCGUUCCCUAGCAGAAACACGACUUCGAUCCCUAGAAAAGAGCCUCAGCAAGAAUGACCAAAAAGCGAAAAUGUAUGAUCAAGCGUUAAUGCAAUACGCAGAAAACAACUGGGCAAUACCCCUCAGUGAAGAAGAUCUUAAGGUUGAUAGGAAACCAGUCUACUACCUACCACAUCAUGGAGUCUAUCGUCCAGACAAGAAGAGUACCCUGUUAUGAGUGGUCUUUGACCCAGCGACUCCCUACCAUGACAUGUCUUUGAAUUCCUUCCUUUUCAAAGGUCCUGGUCUGAUUGGCAACCUGCUCAGAGUGCUUCUACGUUUCCGUGAAGAACAAGUUGCUUUUAGUGGAGACAUAUCCAAGAUGUUCCUUCAGAUCCUACUGCCGGAAGAAGAUACCCAUGUCCACCGUUUCCUUUGGCGAAACCUUGAUGCGGCAAGAGAGCCAACGACAUACACCCUCCAAAGAGUCAUGAUCGGAGAUAAGCCCUCUCCCGACAUGGAAAGCUUUUUGUCAUGUUGAAAAUGGCAGAAGCAAACGUUUCUCGAAUGUCCUGGAGCUGCUACGAUCCUGAAGCGUGAUAGAUACAUAGACGAUCUAAUUAAUUUGUGUCCAAGUACGAACGAAGCAAUAAAGAGCAUUAAAGAAGUGGAUAAAGUUUUGUCAACCGGAAGCUUCAAAAUUAAAAAAAUGUUUAUGUUCCUCUACAGUCGAGAAGGCAAAUGAAAGUGAGCAGCCAAAAGAAGCAGAUGGUAGCGAGAGUGAUCCACACCCUGUCACACCAAUUGUGAAUUUGGACGGCAAAGAAGAGAACAAAACGCUCAGUGUAAUAUGGAAUCCGACGAGAUACGUAAUAGGGUUUGCUUCGAAAGAAGUAAAAGUCGAAAGACUGACAAAGAGAUCCGUCCUUUCAAAUAUCUCGAAGCUCUACGACCCACUUGGUUUAGCAUCUGCAGUAAAGAUAAAGGCGAAAAUAGCCUUACAGAAUAUUUGGAAAGCAAAGCAAUUUGAUUGGGAUGACCCUCUUCCCGAAGUUAUGAGCAACACUUGGAAGAAAUUGUUCACAGAAAUCGAAAGUCUCAAGAAAGUAGAGUUUCCGAGAUGUCUUCAACCGAACGAAGUAUCUGGUCCGUCCGAGUUAGACGUCUUCGCUGAUGCAAGCAAAGAUGCUUAUGGUGCCGUAGCGUAUUUGGUUUGGACGACCCCUCAUGGUUUCCAUGUUAGCCUUGUGUCUGUGAAUGCAAGAGUGGCCCCACUACGACACACUGCCAUCCCGAGACUGGAGUUGAUGGCUGCACUAUCGCAUCUAGACUCGCUCACACCAUUGUUGAAGAAUCCAAGUUAA